CAUCCUUUCAAAUUCUCCUCUCUUCGAUGUUAAUCGUCAAGCACAUACCGUAAAAAACUCCACCCCUUCGACAUGUUCAGGAGCCAUUUUCUUCAAAUCUAAGCGCCAGCAAAACACUUCUGGACAUUGACUUUUUCUGCUGAUCACCUUUAAAAAUAGAAAAGAAAGAAAUACCCUCAUUGUUUGCUCGUAACCUUGAUCUCUUGGGUCUCGUGUAUAUAUAUGAGUGUACCAAAUUACCACUUUUCUCAGAGUAAAUAGAAUUAAAUCAUAUCCUUUUGCCUUCAGGGACUGACGGCUAAUUUGCUUGAGACUCCAGAGCGAAGUAUCCAUGGCGGCAGUGCGUGCGGUUCUCUUAGCUUCUCUUCUUCUCUUCUGUUGCUUGGCAGCAACUUCCCAUGGAAGUGUGCUCUUUUCUUCUCUACCAAGAACCCUUGAAGUCACUGCUUCAUCCAAACAAGGACAAGUUCUGAAAGUUGGCGUAGAUAAAAUGACUGUAACAUGGCGUCUAAACCAGAGCUUAGCAGCCGGGACUGACUCUACCUACAAGACCAUAAAGGUCAAGCUGUGCUACGCGCCGGUGAGCCAGGUUGACCGCGCAUGGAGGAAGACAGUGGACAACCUAGCCAAGGACAAGACCUGCCAGUUCAAGAUCGUUUCAAGGCCGUACGAUGCGUCGAACAGAACAGUGCAAAGGUUCGAGUGGACCAUCGAGCGUGACGUGCCCACGGCCACCUACUUUGUACGCGCCACUGCCUUCAACUCCGACGACGUCGAGGUGGGUUACGGUCAAACAACCGACGCCAAGAAGACCACCAACUUAUUUGAGGUACAAUCAAUCACCGGACGCCACGUGUCACUCGAUAUUGCCUCGGUCUGCUUCAGUGCUUUCUCGGUUCUGUCCUUGCUUGGGUUCUUUGUUGCAGAGAAGAGAAGGACAAAACGGUCUGAAAGGACGUGAGAUAGAAGUUAAUAUCCAUUGGCUCUGAGUCAAAAUUGUGGUACUAGUUGGAGUUGGUUGGUGUAGCAGUUAGAUGUACUUUGGUACAUGGGCUUUGGUUUAACAGAUGGUUGAUACUGCCUUUGAAUGGAUGGUUGGAGUUAAGAGUGAGGGGUGGGGUAUAGGUUUAUGAUUGUCAAAAAUUUCAAAGAAACGUGGGUUAUCUAUCUUACUUGUUUUGAUUAUCACUAUUUGAGUAACAUCAAGACCUUCUUAUGGUUUACUCAAAUAAAAAAAACUUUAAUGUUAGAUUAUGGUAAUUUUUGCUUAA